AAAAAAACUGCCAUGACAGCCCAGUCCAUCCAACGCAACGCAGCUGUGGCCUGUGUCUGUCUGCGCCGUCUGUCUGCGCCGCGCCUCGCCUUCCUCUCCCGCCGCCGUCGUGGUCGUGGACGCCAUGGGCCGAGGCCGCAACCGCAAGCCCCGCAACUUCGCCACGUUCCGCCUCUGCCCGCGCCCCGGGGCUGCCGAUGCCUCCGAACGCGUCUUCGUACGCGUCGACGACAACCCCUACUCCGUCCCCGGGUUCGCAGACGAUGAUGGUCUCUCGUCCUCCACCGCCGUCAGGGGAGACGGCGGCGAGCCCGACCCGUCCUCCUCCACCUCGACCGACGAGGGCGGGUCCCCCCUGCCCGAGCACGUCCGCCGAGAGAUCAUGGAGCUCGGCCUCCCCGACGACGGCUACGACUACCUCGCCCACCUCCGCGAGCUCCGCCCCUCCCUCUCCUCCACCGGCGGCGGGGGUUCUUCGGCCGUAUUCCUCCCCAGCCGCCGCCUCGCACGCUCCGGCCUUCCCGUGGACGUGAAGGCGUACGACUUCACUAGUACCCCGCUUGGUUCCGGGGAGGUUGCGGUGGUCGCGGCUAGUCGGGCUGAGGAGGCUAUUGACCUGGAUGUCACCAGGCUGCUUGACGGGAGCGAUUCGACGGCCGUUGAGUCGGGGGAUGAGGAUUUGGAGGAGGACUUUGUUAUCCUUGCGAAUGAGCCAGAUGAGAAGCAGGAGAGCGAGGAAGAGAAUGUUGCUGGAAGCAAGGAGAAAGCUCUGCAGCUGCCUGGCGAUCAGUUUGUUUCGCUUGCUUUCGAAGAAUAUGCGGACAGUGGAGUUGGUUGUUGUGUUCAAGAUGCAAAGCAUGAACUGUCCCAGGAGGUUACAGAUAAACUGAAACCGCCUCACAGCGAAACCUUCGAUGCUGAUAAAAGAUGCAGGGCACCCACACCACAAUAUGUUGCUCACCGGAUACUAGAGUCAAACGAGCAAAUUGAUGCGUCUUCUAAUGCCAUCUCCGAACAUGUUCAGUACGCUGAAACAUAUGAAGUCAGCGAAGAAGAACAAGCGAUUCUUGCUCCAGAAAGUAGCAAGGGGUCUGCGGUUAUGUACUCUACUGCCACGGUUUCUGGAUCAUAUCUCGAUGUUAAAUUGAAGUUUCCAAAACAUUCCCCUGGAGAAACAAGUAUGAAAAAAUCCAUCAUCAGAAAAGGAAUAGAGAAGCUUCCUGCAGGGUAUUCACCUCAGAGGAACACUCCGACUGGUGAAACUAAACAGGGACCCUACAAAGGAACGAGACAGGAAGGGACAGAAAGCUAGAUCCAGGACCAGACCUACUGCGUUUUAAAAAAAAUGUUUUAAAGAAGCAGAUCAUCGAGGGUGUGUUGUUCGGCUUCGUUAUCAACUGACCAUGGGCUUCCACCGGAUGCUUAAUACAAUGAUAUUUACUGGCGUGGCUUCCCUUUUUUUUCUAAAGGAACUUCUUUUCUUGGGAUCUCCCUUUUAUGCUUUCCAUGCCAUCAUUGGUACCGAUAAUUUUGUCUCCUAGGCUACAAUGGAAGAUCAUGCCAUCAUUGUUACUCAUAAUUUUGUCUCCUAGGCUACAUUGAAAGAUCAAAGUAUGCACUCAUACUCACUGGACCAUGUUUUGUACAUCUUAUGUAUGUAUUUGUUAUGUAAAUCUGAAACUUGAACCGUGUACUUUCAAGCUUGAAGAGAACUGUAGAAGCGAAAAGAUGGACGCCAUAUUGUACAGAGCUG